CGGGAUCCAUUACCCGAUUGGCGAUUCGUCAUGGUAGCCACCUUUGGUAUUCACUUCAGCUCGCGUAAGUUGAAGAUGAACUUGUGAUUCUUGAAUCAUUCGUUUGGUGCGGCUCCAGAUUGUUUCCCUAAAGAGCAUAAACAUCAUAGUUCGAUGAUGAGAAGAAACUGAGAGAAAAGCAGGGAAAAUGAGUAUAGUGCCUAAGGAGACAAUCGAGGUCAUAGCGCAAACCAUCGGAAUCAAUAACUUAUCUCAAGAUGCAGCUCUUGCUCUUGCUCCCGAUGUCGAAUAUCGCCUGCGCGAGAUUAUGCAGGAGGCAAUCAAAAGUAUGCGUCACUCAAGGAGAACGAUUUUAACUGCUGAUGAUGUUGAUGGUGCACUUAAUUUGAAGAACGUCGAGCCAUUAUAUGGCUUUGCAGCUGGUGGACCUUUGCAGUUUAAAAGAGCUAUUGGUCACAGGGAUUUGUUUUACAUUGAUGACAAGGAUGUGGACUUUAAGGAUGUAAUUGAAGCUCCUUUACCAAAAGCACCACUUGAUACUUCAGUUCUUUGCCACUGGCUGGCUAUUGAAGGUGUACAACCUGCCAUCCCAGAAAAUGCACCAUUAGAAGCAAUUGCAGCUCCUUCUGAGGGCAAAAGGCAGGAACAAAAAGAUGAGCUUCCAGUUGAUAUCAAAUUACCAGUCAAGCAUGUACUGUCUAGGGAGCUGCAGCUAUAUUUUGAUAAGAUCACAGAGCUUACUCUGAGUAGGUCGGAUUCAGUUAUUUUCAAAGAAGCGUUAGUGAGUUUGGCCACUGACUCUGGACUUCAUCCAUUAGUUCCUUAUUUCACAUAUUUUAUUGCAGAUGAGGUUUCUCGUGGUUUGCAUGAUUACAACCUUCUCUUUGCUUUGAUGCGUCUUGUUCACAGUCUUCUUCAGAAUCCUCACAUACACAUAGAACCUUAUCUACACCAACUGAUGCCGUCCGUCGUGACCUGCCUUGUUGCGAAAAGGUUGGGAAAUAGGCUGGCAGACAACCACUGGGAACUAAGAGAUUUCACAGCUAAUCUUGUUGCAUUGAUAUGUAAAAGAUUCGGGCAUAUUUAUAACAGUCUUCAGACCCGUUUGACAAAGACUCUGCUGAAUGCAUUUCUAGACCCAAGGCGGGCAUUGACACAACACUAUGGUGCAAUUCAAGGAUUAGCCGCCCUAGGACCCAAUGUGGUUCGCCUUCUUAUUGUGCCAAAUCUGGAGCCAUACAUCAAACUUCUUGAACCAGAGAUGCUCCUUGAGAAGCAAAAGAAUGAGAUGAAGAGGCACGAAGCUUGGCGUGUUUAUGGGGCCUUAUUGCGUGCAGCAGGCCAAUGCAUAUACGAUCGCCUUAAGAUGUUCCCACCUCUGCCCUCACCUCUGGCCAGUGCUGUAUGGAGGUCUAAUGAAAAAGUUGCUACAACAGUUCCGAAGAAACGUAAAGCAAGCAUUGAUCUCUUAGAGCAACCGCCGUUGAAGAGGAUAGCAACUGAUGGCCCAGUUGGUGAUGUUUCAACCAGCUCUUCUCCAUCUCAGAUGGCAGGAGAAGAAAUGGUUCCAGCUGUUUUGGGUAAUUCCAAUGCUGGGCCAUCGACAUCUGCAGGUCAAACACCUAAUGAUAGUGAAUCAGGUCGCAAAGGUGGAAGAGACAAGGUCGAUAGUCGAGCUCGGAAGAGGGCCAUCCUCACUCAGGUUUGGAAUGAUGACUUGAAUUCCGGGAACCUCCUGGUAUCCCUAUUUGAGCUGUUUGGAGAGGACAUCCUCCCCUUCAUUCCUGCUCCUGAGAUGUCUCUGUUUUUGUGAUUGAUAGUUUAAUGUAUAGUAUAAUCCCGCGGAUAUUAUGGCCGAUGAACUGAGAAACGUAGCUUUUAUCAGAUAUCAUUUAUACUGAUAACAGAACAGUUAUUCAUUUAUUUUGCUUGGUAGACAUUA